AUGUCUCGUGUAGCAAAGCGUUCGACAAAAAGAUCCGUGAAGACCAAGGAGCGCAUUGCCCUGGCUGCUGCCAUCAACGAGCUAGGGUUCGAAGUGAUGCCUUGUUCUCAUUGUUUUUCUCGCGGCCUCUGCUGCCGUAUGAUAGAGAGUUCUUCUCGUUGCGGCGAAUGCGUUCGUCGCGGAAGGUCGUGCGACGGUUCUGGGGUUCCGGUCUUAUCUUUGUCCUGCAUUGUGGACGAAUCAAAGCGCCUCGACCGAUUAGAACAAGAUGCUGAGGAGGCUCUUCGUGCCGACCGCGAUUUGUUGGCAAAAGCGCAGUGUCGUCUGGACGAGUCUCUAGCUCGUUUGGACCGUAUUCGUCGUCAAAAGCGAUCGUUGUUGUCUCGAGGGUCGGAGAUGGUUUGCCGGGGUCUUACGUCUUUGGAUGAAUUGGAAGAGGUGGAACAGCAGGAAUCGGGAGCGGUUCUGGGUGUGCAGCUCAAUGGUGGCGUUGACGUUGUUGACUGGGGCGCCGUCUUUGAUUCUGUCCCGGUUUUGCCUUUGGUCGAUCCGGGUUCUGCCGGUGGAACUAAUUUCUUCGACGUCCCAUUCUUCCUCUUCGUCCUCUGCUUCGAUGUGCAUGGCAACCUUGGCGUUUUUCGGUGCUGGUUCAAGAAGCGAAACAUGAAAAACAUCCGUCUGUGGGCGCAUAGAUGA